UAGGACUAGGACAGCAUAAAGGUAUCUUCCCCACUGGGUCUGGUUUCAAGCUACUUCAUCAGCACCUUGUUUUUCAAAAUGCAUAUGUGUUUAAAAAAAAUGUAAAUUCUAGAGUCAUAUUAAAAUAUGUCAUACAGGAACAAAGUAAUGAUCAGUUGCUUGUUUAAAUCAUCAACAUUUUAAUGAAAGGUUUAUAUUAUAUUAGCUUUUAUCUACCACACUAAUAUAAAUAAUAAUUUUCCCAGUAAUGGGACAGGAUUUAUUCUCUGCUGUCAUUUUUUUUUAUCAAUUUGGCACACCCUAAAACCUCUUUGUAUAAAUAUAUGACUGAAUAAUAGGUUGUAAGAUCAUUUUUUCGAUCAGUAGGAAAAAUAACCCUCUACAUGUCUUUUAGGUUGACCAGGGUAUCAGGUCAAAGAACUGGUGGUGGUAGCAAUAGUCAUUUUUCUCACAGUAGUAGCAGCAUGAGUUUUAGUCAAAGGUCUGGUGGAGGCAUUAGAGGAGGACUGGAUGGACAAGGUGUUAAUUGGGGUAGUGGUCAUGGAGAAGGUAUGGGCUUCAAUUAUGGAGGUGGCCAUGCUGGAAGUUAUAGAGAAGGUUUUGGUGUUUCUGGAUAUGGUAGUGGUGGCUCAAAAGGAGGGUUUGGGUUCAGUUCAGGAGGAGGAUAUAGCGGUGGCUCAGGAGGAGUGUAUGUUGAUGUACAAGAAGAAGGAUAUGGUAGUGGUUUCAGGGGGGGCUUUGGUGGAUCCUCGGGUGGUAGAUUUGGUGGUGAAUUUGAUGAAGGAUUUGGCAGUGGCUUCGGCAGAGGCAUUAGUGGAAGUGAUGGUUUACUUUCGAGAAACGGAAAGCAAACUUUGAAAAACUUAAAUGAUCGUCUGGCUGCAUACUUGGACAAGGUUCAUGCUUUGGAAGAAGCAAACACUAACUUGGAGACCAAAAUUAAGGAAUGGUAUGGAAAGAAUCAUCCUGGCUCAACUAAUGGAAACAUGAAUGAUUACAGAAAAUAUUAUGAAACAAUACAAGUUCUUAAAAACCAGAUACUCACUGCUACCAUUGACAAUGUUAGCAUUGUCUUGCAGAUUGACAAUGCAAGACUGGCUGCUGAUGACUUCAAAUUGAAGUAUGAGAAUGAAGUUCCUCAGUGUCAGAGUGUUGAGGCCGAUAUUAAUGGACUUCGCAAAGUCUUUGAUGAGCUUACUUUGACUAAAGCGGAUCUGGAAUCCCAGGUGGAAAGCCUGACUGAAGAACUUACUUUCCUCAAGAAGAAUCACAAGGAGGAGAUACUAAUUAACCAGGACACCACUGUUGGCCAAGUCAACGUAGAAAUGGAUACAGCUCCAGGGAAGGAUUUAACCCAUAUUCUGAAUAAUAUGAGAGCGGAAUACGAAGCUAUUGCAGAGAGGAACCGCAAACAAACCGAAGACUAUUUCAACAAAAUUAGCAGAGAAAUAACGAAAGAAAUUUCUGCUGGGGUGCAGCAAGUGCAAUCAAGCAAGACAGAGAUAACAGAAUUGAGAAGAACUUUCCAGUCUUUGGAAAUUGAAUUACAGUCUCAGCUUGCCAUGAAAAAGUCGUUGGAGGGUUCAUUAGCAGAAAAAGAAGGAAACUACUGUCUACAGAUAUCACAAAUUCAGACUGUAAUAAGUAGCUUGGAAGAACAACUGUCUCAAAUAAAACAUGAUGUUGAUUGUCAGAAGUCAGAGUAUGAGCAACUAUUGGACAUUAAAGCUCGUCUUGAGAAGGAAAUUGAAACUUAUCAGAAACUUCUAGAAGAAGGAGAAUUUGAUACUGGGAAGAAUUCAAGACAGGGAAGUUCAGGACAAAGUGCAACACAAAGCUCCAGCUCUAACACCCAGACCACUACAAUUCAAAACUCAAGGUUGGAAACCUCUUCCACUCAAAGUUUGAGAUCAAGUGUUUUAGGUUCUGGCACCUCAGAUUCCUCUAGUUAUGGAAGUCAAGACUCUAGUUCAUCAGUGUCUUCUGGUACUGAAAGUGCUAAUUCCAGAGACCAAAGCUCUGGUGCAUAUGGCUAUACUGGAAGUCAAAUUUCUACAGGCUCUGGAAGUCCAGGAUCAGAGGCACCAGUAAAAACUCUCAAGAUAAUAAAAAUAACUGAGGUGUUGCACGAUGGAAAUGUUGUAUCAAAACAAGUAGAAGAAUCAGAACAGCUUUUCAAUUAAAGGAAAAAGGAACAAGAAAACAUUUGCAUAACAAAAACGUUGGUUUUGAAGCUUUCUCAUUAUACUGAUGUCAUUUACAGCAAAUUACUAUAAGUACUCUCAACUUUAUACUAUGUUAAACUUUCUUUCUGGUGCAAAUUAAACAAAGUCUGUGUGUA